AUGGUUGAAGCCGAAAACCGAUCGCCGGACUACAAGUCCGGCGAUGCUCUCAAGCACGAUGACUCGCAAUCCGAGCCAGUCCAGGUCGGCGAGCGCUACGAAUACUCCGACGAGAGGAAAAUCGGCAUCACAGGUUCCGUCUUCCUCAUCCUGAACAAAAUGAUCGGCACAGGAAUCUUCUCCACACCAUCGGGCAUUUUUGCGGCAACGGGAUCGGUCGGCGUUAGUUUGAUUCUCUGGAUCGUUGGCGGCAUCAUCACCUUCGCCGGUCUCAGCGUCUACCUCGAAUUCGGCCUCGCCAUCCCCCGAUCCGGCGGCGAAAAGAAUUAUCUCGAGCGUGUCUACCGCCGUCCGCGAUACCUGGCCACCUGCAUCCUGGCCGCGCAGAUGCUGCUCCUCGGCUUCUCGUCCGGAAACUCCCUCGCCUUCGGUCGCUACGUACUCUACGCUUCCGGCAGCCGGUCCGGUGACAAUUACAAGGCCCGCGGCAUCGGCGUCGUCUGUGUCACUUUUGCCGUGCUCCUGCACUCCAUCGCGCCCAAGUGGGGCAUCCGUCUUUUCAACGUCCUCGGUAUCUUCAAGGUCGUCGUGCUCCUCUUCAUCGUCUUUUCUGGAUUCGCUGCCCUCGCCGGACACCUACGGAUCGAGGACCCCCAGAACUUCAAGAAUGCCUUUGACCUUUCCGACGCCCAUCGGUGGGGAGGCGGCGGCGUCUACGCCUACGCGACAGCUCUCCUGAGAAUCAUCUACAGUUACAAGGGCUGGGAAAACGCAAACUACGUCCUUUCCGAAGUCAAGAACCCCCGCCGCACCCUCGCCCUCGCCGCGCCUCUCGCCAUCGGCCUCGUCACCACCCUCUACAUCCUCGCCAAUGUCGCCUACUUCGCCGCCAUCCCCAAGGAUGCCCUCGUCGAGUCCGAAGUCAUCGUCGCUGGUCUCUUCUUCACCAACAUGUUCGGUGACAGCGCCGGUGCCAGGACCCUCCCCGUCUUCGUGGCUCUGAGCAACCUUGGCAACGUGCUGGCUGUGAGUUUCGCCCACGCGCGUCUUAAUCAGGAGCUUGGAAAAGAAGGUCUUCUGCCCGCUAGUCGGUUCUGGGCGUCGAACAAGCCUUUCAAUGCCCCCGCCGCAUCAUUAUUCCUGCACUGGAUCGUCACCGUCGUCGUCCUGCUCGCCCCUCCCCCCGGCCCCGCCUACAACUUCAUCGUCGAUCUCUACACCUACCCCGGCGCCAUCAUCAACGUCUUCGUACCCCUCGGCCUCCUAUGGCUCCAUUACAAGAAAUCCGAAAACUGGUCUUCCCCUUGGCACACCUACUUCCCCAUCGCCGUCCUCUUCGUCCUCAGCAACGUGUUCCUCACCGUCGUGCCCUUCAUCCCGCCCAACACGGACUGGAACGCCGAGGGUUACCCCUACUACGUCUUCCCCGUCGUGGGAUGGGGCGUGCUUCUGAUCGGCGCUGCGUAUUGGUUGGGUUGGACCAAGAUUUGGCCGAGGCUGGGCGGAUAUCGCAUUGUUGCCGAGAGGAUUAUCGAUGCCGAUGGAACCGAGGUGGUCAGGUAUCGCAAGGUGGACAGGUUUACGAGAUUGGAUUGA